ACGCGGGUGACCGUGGGUGUGAGGCCAGGUGUCAUUUCCUGUAUCGCUCGCGCUGAGCUUAACCGGAGUGUUGAAUCGGUAAUCACAGGACCUCUCAAUGGCGUCAACGGGAGAGCAAAAAGAAGUGAAAAUGAUUUCAGACCUGUCCAACCAAGUACUUCUCCAGUAUGAAAUCCUCCAAAGAGAAUAUGAGAAAAGCAAAAAGGAGAGUAAACAAAUGCAAAAGGAGAGAGAUGAGGCCUUACGGAAGCUGAAAGAAUUUGAACAAGUGUCACACAGGGUGAUCGAGGAGGUGAACAACAUUCAGGAGAAUCUAGAGAUUGAGAAGACAUGCAGAGAGAGUGUGGAAGCUUUGGCCUCAAAGUUGAACAGACAGAACCGUUCUCUGAAGAGAAAGAGUAUGCUCUUUAUGUCCCGCCUUGGUGCUGAUGUUGUCGCUGAGAUCAGUCUGGAUGAUGAGGAUGAUGAAGAUCCACAGGAGAAAGAGUCAGGUGUCUGUAGCUCCUCCCACUGUCAGAUUGUCAUUACAGAGCUGAGGGAUAAAUUAGAGGUGAUCCUGGCUGAGAAGAAGCAGAUUGCAAUCGAUCUGGAGACGACAAGAGAACAGCUCUGCCAAACUAGACAGGAACUACUGAAAGAGAAGCAUGAUAAUACUGUUUUAAUAGCUGAAACAUUCCAACAAAAGAAGCUCUUGGGAAAAUACAACAGAGUUUCUCAGUAUGCUCUAGAUGAGUUUGAGGCCUUGCAGGAUGAUCUAAAGCUUGAGAGGGACCUGCGAUCUGAAGCAGAGAAGUUUGCACAUGAGAUGCUAGUAGAGCAGAAGAAGCUGAAAAGACAAAGCCAGAUGUUGAUCCAAAGUGUGUCUUCAACAGAAGCUCUGCAGAAAGCUCUGGCAGAGAUCAACACACUGACACACACUUUAGAGACACAGAGACUGGAGCAUCAACAGCAGGUGAAGGCUCUUGAAGAGCAGAUACAUGGCAGUGAAUUAAAGAAGCAGCUGUCAGCGUUACAGAGACAGACUGAACUGCUGGAUGAGGAGAGGAAAGAGUGGCAGCACAAACACACUAAAGCUGAAACUGAGGCUAAAGACCUCAGAUUCACAGUGGAGGAAAUGAAAAAGAAGCUCCAGCAGGUCUCCAAUCCACCACCAGGUGCCCCAGGACCCCCUCCUCCACCCCCACCCCCACCUCCUCCACCUCCACCCCCUGCCCCGUCAAGCAACCCACUCAGCUCAUUACUCUCUAUGCUUCGUAAGAAAAAAGAUGUGAGCACUGAAAUUGCAUUAGUGGAGAAGGACUCCUCUGAGAAAAGCCCAGAGAAGGACACCAGACAGCAAGCUGUGGAUGAGAUGAUGCAGCGCAUCAAAAAAGGAGUUCAAUUACGACGUGUUUCCCAGAGAGCCAACAAAGCAAGACCGGGACCGAAAGAAGAGACAAAUUCUGCCAUACAGGAACUUCAUGGAAUCCUGAACUCCGUCAAGCGUCCUGGUCCCUCCUCCUCGCCUGGGACACACCCUCCAUCGCCAUCACAGAAGUCUGAGCUGGAGAAGGCCCUGGAGAGACGGAGGGGAGCACUGAAGGCUGCAAAGAAUAACACAAAUUCCAGUACUGCCCUGGAUCUGCCCCAGAUUAAGCAAACCCAGUCAGAACCAGGCCAGAACACAAGGGAUCAGGUUAAAGACACAACGCAAGACAACAACCACAAUACGCACUGAUCACCUUAAGCCUUCAUAGGAGCUGUAGGUUGUUCAGCACUGGUCUUUUAAAGAAUUGGCGUUUUGACCAACAUUACAGAAGAGAAGCAAUUUUGGGUCAUCAAUCACACACGACUAUUAUUUAAUUUUUUAAAGAACAGACAAUGAAUUGAUGCUAUUUGUACAUUUAUUGACUGAGCUGUAAUGAAAUGUGUUAUUCUUUUUCAAAUUGUUGACAUGCCGACAUGACAAUAACAUGCUACUGAAUAGAAUAUAUAAAUCAGUUUCGUUUAAGUGAAGCAUUUUGAAAGCAUGUAUAGGCAUGGGCCUGAGGUGGUUUCAUUUAUGGCAGCCCUGAAGGCACAAUUGUGAGAGGCGGCUGAUCUUUGUGACUCUCUAAAUGCUUCAUUAAAGGAGGUCAGACUUUCGUGUAGUGUUGUUGUUAUACAGUGGAAUACUUUUCGUAACCCUUUUUCUGGAACUGAGCACAUACUUGCUAUUGUCAUACUAACUUCCAGCAAAGACAACAUAAUUUCUUUCUUUUUUUUGAAGUGACAAAGGAAGGAGCACAUUUUGAAAGGUUCAUGACAUUUAUUUUCAGUUUGAAAUGUGAAAUUUAAAAUGUUCAUAUAGUCAAAUCAUGAUUACUAUUUUUUUUUUCAAAUAAUAUAAAAUCUACUAUAAAGAAAAACUGAUAAUGAUAUUUUAAUGCACCUCAGAACUUUGACUGUAGAAUAAUAUAAGGUACGAAUAUUGUUUUUUGAAAGACAUCUUUAAUGCUCACCAAUAUACAUUUUUUCUUGAUCGAAAAUACAUUUAAAAAAGUAAUAUUGUGUACUACUAUUACAGUUUACUGUUUAAAUAACUGUUUUCUAUUUGAAUAUAUUGUAUGUAAAUGUAAUUUAUUCCUGUUGGCAAAGCUGAAUCAGCAUCAUUA